GUCCACUGGUCAGUUCCAGUUGACCUCCGUUCGGAACAGCAUCACUCACAGAAUGUCACGAAGCAGCUCCGUUUGCGUUCUGCUCCUAUUUGCAUGGUGUUCCUUGGCCUUCAGCAAACCAAUGCCAGUACAAGAAGCUGCCUCCAACGGUGAGGAGCUAUCACAGGAAUCGAAAGCCAUCGCUCUAAUCCACCAUCUUACCUAUCUGAUCGACUACCUGGUGCGCUACGUACUGGGAGCUAGUGACCGCAAAACGCCUCAGGAUGCCGUCGAUUACUACCACUCUGCGCUGGUCGAGGGCAAGGACGAAAGCGGACAAACUGGUGCCGAGUAUAAACCGAGCAAUGAGCGUGCCCAACAGGAAAUGCAAAUCAUAGAUCAGCUGAUGAAAAGUUAGAUCUACGCACAGUACCACUACGAGCGUGUAUCUCGUCACUCAGUUGUCGUGUUUCUACUGUUCGAUGAUGACCAAAUCAUAAUUGCAGCUGCGAUUGCGACACAAGCGUGCGUUGUGGUGGACAGUGAGCUGGAACCGUUUAAUAACGCCACGCGAUUAAUAGUGUGUCUUCUUCAUAAAUGCUUAAGCCUUGACAUGGUUCAAGCAUCGGCGUCUGGUUCAACCAUUUGGUCAUGGUGCGACAACCAUUGAAUGUUGACUGAAUGAUCAUUAAUAUGCCAGACUGUGAUCGACGGUCCAUUUGCGAAAUGCUAAAGCUUGGAACACUUAAUAUUUGGCCGCAUUCU